AUGCAGCUGAGCGAAGCCGAGCACGUGUCACAGUUCCUCAGCGUCAUGUUCUGCGAGGACCUCGCGCACAGGGUGCUGGACGUGGAACAACGAGGAGAAGAAGUGACGCAAUCCGUGAAAUGGGUAGGGGACAGUGCCCUCGUCUUCUGGCCGGUCCUGGCCAUCGACGAGCACGGCUGGAAGCGGAGCGAGCUGCCCCUCAAGCUGAGGAUAAUCCGCAACGAGACGGGCAUCAAGAGGGUGUACUUUGCGGAGAUGCCCGGCACCGACAUCGUCUUCUUCGGCCUGGGCUACGCCGAUGCCGCCAAGGCGGGGGAGCUGAUUAGAUGUCUGAUCCAUUUCAAUAUCUGCGCGACGUUUCGGCCCCUGACGAGGGAGAAUUCUCGGAAUCUUGACAGGCAUAGAAGUGCGCCGGAAGCGUGA